AUGGCGGAAGAAGACCGAGUUGACAUCUCCGAGGAAGUCAACCCACCGGCUCCGACUCUUUCUCAACCACCUCCAACACAUGCUCCGCCGCCUCCGACCCCUGCGGGUAUACUUCCGGCAUACUCAGGUGCCCCUCCGGUACAUCUCCCGCCCCUAACGUCUUCAGGAGCGCUCCAUGCACAUACCUCACAGACGCCCUCUGCCAUCGAGGACCAAGCCCGCAUCGCCGCACUCGAAGGCACGGUCAACCAAAUGGCCACCAACAUGGCGGAGCUGCUUGCCCUACUCAGGGGACCAAACCGCGCAUCCUUGAGCUCCACGCCUCCGCCGGGACAGGGACCAACGGCCGAUCCAACCCCGUGGGCUCCACCAACUCAAGCACCGGAGAACAUGGAGGCGCCCGUGCCACCAACACUACACACGUCCGUAGCUCACCCCUUUACCAGACAAUUUCCGCCGCCGCCGGCCCCCACGGCCAUCCCUCUUCCACCGGCGACCUUCCUAUCCUCGGAGCACGUCCUGUCUGCGCCUCCACCCGUUUCCAUACCGGCCUCGGCCAUGGCCUACACAGUACCUCCGCCGAUGGUUUUCCCAGCGUCCAGCGCACCUGCUCCGACUCAUCUUCAAGCCGCGGAGCUCACCCCUAUCCGUCUCUACAGCCUCACGCCGGCCUCUCUUACCAAGCACCGCCCCCCAUAA